AAAACAAGGUUGAAGUUACUCAUUAGCAGGUGAAAGGGUCAAGGGUCGAGGCAAGGGGGCUGGAAGCAGAGUGGACUGAAUAACUAGCAGGGGGAGAGAGCAGUUAAGGCACCAGCCACUUCACGAAGAGCACCAGCUCCCUCCUGCCUGAAGAUGGUCCAUCAAAUAUGGGCAGCUCUGCUCUACCUCUGUGGUAUUCUCCUUAAUUCCAUCUACCAGUGCCCUGAGUACAGUCAACUGACAACUCAGGGAGUGGAUGGGAAAGAGUUCCCAGAGCCACACCUGGGCAGGUGGUACUUUAUCGCAGGGGCAGCUCCCACCAAGGAGGAGUUGGUGACUUUUGACCCUGUGGACAACAUUGUCUUCAACAUGGCUACAGGCUCUGCCCCCAUGAAGCUCCAGCUUCGCGCUACCAUCCGCAUGAAAAAUGGGCUCUGUGUGCCCCGGAAAUGGAUCUACCACCUGACUGAGGGGAGCACAGAUCUCAGAACUGAAGGCCGCCCUGACAUGAAGACCAAGCUCUUCUCCAGCUCAUGCCCAGGUGGAAUCAUGCUGAAAGAGUCAGGCCAGGGUUACCAGCGCUUCCUCCUCUACAAUCGCUCACCACACCCUCCUGAGAAGUGCGUGGAGGAAUUCCAGUCCCUGACCUCCUGCCUGGAUUUCAAGGCCUUUUUACGGACUCCCAGGAAUCAAGAGGUCUGCGAGCUGUCCAGUAACUGACCUGUAGCUUCAUCUGUGCCCCAGAUGGAUAUGGUGGGAGCUGCAAUUGUGCUGGGGGGAGGAGAAGCUGGAGACUCCCAACUCCAAGAGUAAUAAAGAUGAUUUUUCAAUCCUCA